AUGCAGCUAUCACAAUCUUUAGGAAUAGAAGAGCACUUUGUACUAGGAUCACUGAUCGCUUUAAUAAAACUUGCAAAAGAAUCAUGUAUUAAUGUACCAUGUUACAUGGAUCAGCUAGCUGGAACUCCGUCUGCUCCUAAAGAUACAGUGUUGCCUAGUCACUGUUCUUCUAGUUUUGUUGAAUUAUCAAAACGAAACAUGUCAAGCAUAACAACAGUGAUCAGACACUCCGGUUUUUGGAAUGAACAGAAUUGCUUUGUUGAUUACAAACUAGACGCAGUUGUCUUCAAAGAUUAUUGUUCAUACGGUGAUUUGGUUGAAACUAUAGCAAUUCAGUUAGGUGUUGAUAUUAGCAGGAAAACGAUAUCAAUAAAAUAUGUUGUUGAAGGAGACAACAUGCCAAUUGAAAUACGCAACAAUAUGGGAGUAAGGGUGUAUGUUGAGCUUAAGAGAGAAAACAGGGGAUUUGAAGCAUAUCCGUUGUGCGUUAGCAUAACUGAUAAUGAUCUUGAGAAUUUUAUGUCCGGCGAAUCUGCAGUUGGAGACGAUAUGUUUCAACUUGAAUUUAAUGAUUAUAUGUAUGCUAUAAACGUAGUUGAUUCAAAUGAUUUGGAUGCGUCGGAUUGUGCUAAGGCUGUUGUUUUAUUUCAAAACAACGAUGACUUGAUAAUUUCGAACAAGGAACAUAAAGAUGUUUUUGUUGAUCAAAUCUACAAAGAUAAGGACACUCUGAAGAAUGUUAUGGCAAAUUAUGCAAUUCGCAAAAGAUUCAAUUUCAGGACAGAGAGGUCGAAUGCCGUAAGUUACACUCUGGUAUGUUGUUCAACUGAUUGUCGUUGGAAAUUCAGAGCUUCAAGUAUAGCGAACUCUGAAAUGUUCAGAGUGAGAUCUUUUCAUGACGAACAUACGUGUCCAUUGAAGGACAAAGUGUAUUCCCAAAGGCAAGCAACAAGUUGGUUGAUUGGUGCGUCAGUUGUUAAGCCAAAAAUAGCAAAUCACAAGAGGAAAUAUACACCUGGUGAUAUAGUAGAUGACGUAAAAAAUGAGUAUGGCGUUGAUGUUUCUUAUAUGACGGCCUGGAGGGCUAGAGAAAAGGCAAUGAAUGAAUUAAGAGGGGAACCAACAGAAUCAUACAAGAAGUUACCGGGAUAUGUCUACAUAUUGGAUAAAACAUACCCUGGAUCACAUGUGAGAAUGCACAAAUCACAACAAAACGAGUUCUUGUAUUUGUUUAUAGCACUUAAAGCGUUCAUAAAAGGCUUCGAGUGUUGUAGACCAAUAGUUGUAGUAGAUGGUUCCCACCUUAAAACUACAUAUAACGGUACUUUUGUAUCAGCCAGCACGUUGGAUGGUGCAGGUAAUAUUCUACCAUUGGCGUAUGGUGUGAUAGAUUCAGAGAACGAUAAGUCUUGGACCUGGUUCUUUGAGCAGUUCAAACAAGCUUAUGGGAAUAGGGAUAACAUGUGUGUUGUAUCAGACAGACAUGAGAGCAUCAUUAAGGCGGUGAGUAGAGUGUAUCCAAUUGUGCCACAUUUGGCGUGCAUAUGGCAUUUAUGGAAAAAUGUGACCACGAAAUACAAGUCGAAUGGUGAAGUAUUGAGUCCUGUAUUCUAUGCACUUGCAAAAUCAUACACACAGGCUGAGUUUGAUAAGCUGAUGGAGAAGAUUGAGAAGGUUGAUUUUCGGGUAAAAGAGUACUUGGAGGAUGCUGGAAGGGAAAAGUGGGCUCGACUGUAUUCACCCGUUAACAGAGGAUGGACAAUGACUUCAAAUAUAGCCGAAUGUAUUAAUGGAAAAUUGGUAGCAGCAAGAGAGUUGCCGGUUUUCGAUUUUCUUGAAGAAGUGAGGAAGAUGUUUGGGAGAUGGAAUUGCACUAAUAGGAGGAACGGUACAUACACAUUCACAACACUUGGGAAAGCAUUCCAGCAAUUAUUAUCAAUAAACGAAUGUAAAUCUCUACGUAUGACGGUUGAACCAUCAACUGAAUAUGUGUAUACCAUAAAUGAUGAGGCAAGGCGAUUCAUAAUUGAUCUUAAAAAGAAAACAUGCAGUUGUCGGAUGUUCCAAAUGGAUGAGAUACCAUGUCCACAUGCAUGGGCUGUAUUGAAGAGUAAAAGUCUUAUGCCUGAUGAAUAUUGUUCAGACCUAUUCAAACCAAAGACAGUGAUUAAGACAUAUGAUGUGCCUGUGGAUCCUCUGCCUGACGAGAGUGAGUGGAAUAUUCCCAAACACAUAAGCGAUGAAGUUGUUUUGCCACCAAGAUACAAGAGACCCCCGGGAAGGCCAAAGAAAAAGCGAGAUAAACCAUUAAUGGAGACGAUGAUUGGUAAACGUAGGAAUGCUUGUAGUACUUGUGGACGUCUUGGUCACAAUAGACAUUCUUGUUCCAAUGAGCCACGUAAGAAGUAG